UAUAAACAAUUGUUUCAUAUGUUAUUAGUUUCAAAGUUAGCAAAAUGUCAAAUUAAGAUUAUUUCCGAAAACAUUUGCAGGAAACAAAAAAAACGUCACCUUAUACUCUUCCGGAGUAAAAAUAUAAAGUUAAUCAGGAAUCUAGUACGAAAUCCCAGACACAUGAUUAAAAUUAAUAAUGCGCACUUUUUGCUUUCAAUAUGUAACUAUACAUAGUUCUAUUUUGUUUUUAUAAAAUUUAACAGACUUGUAGCAUCGUAUAGCUCAUUUAAUAAUUUCCGGCACAAAAAACUAGAAAUAAAUAAGACUGGCUUCAUGUCGAACUUUUUUUUUUUCAUUUUCACAAUCUUGUAUACCUACGUUUUAUUUUCUGUUAUAUCUCAUUUUCUCUACUAUCUUAAAAUUGGAUUUAUCUUCAAAUUUUCAUUAUCUGUUUAAGAUAAAACUUU